AUGUUGAUACUGGACACACAUGCUGAGGUUUUUGUUUGGGUUGGUCAGUCUGUGGACUCCAAAGAAAAGCAAAAGGUUUUUGAGAUCAGCCAGAUGUACAUAGAACUGGCCACAACAACGGAAGGGUUAUCUCAAGAUGUACCUUUGUACAAGGUGGCAGAAGGGAAUGAACCAUGUUUCUUCACUACGUACUUCUCGUGGGAUUCUACAAAAGCCACUGCUCAAGGAAAUUCAUUUGAAAAGAAGCUUUUGUGGCUCUUUGGAACAACAAUUCAUGCUCUGGAGGGCCAUGAUAAAUCCAAUGGUUCGAGUCACAGUGGACCAACUCAACGGGCUUCAGCAUUGGCUGCUUUCUCCUCUGCAUUCACUCCAUCUUCUGGAACCAAAACUUCAGCUCCAAAGCCAUCUAGUUCAAGCCAGGGAUCACAGAGGGCAGCUGCAGUAGCAGCUCUCUCGUCAGUCCUUACAGCAGAACAAAAGAAGGGCGGAGAUGCCUCUCCCACACGGGUCAGCAGAAGUCCUUCAGCUGAUCCAUCCGAUAGGACAAAGGGUGAUAGUUCUCCCAUGGUGGAGGAUACUCAAGAAGUUUCAGACGACAAGGAGACCAUACAGGGAGGAGGAUCUCCAUCUGGAUCUGAAAGCAAUGGAGAAGAUUUGACACCGAAGGAAGCCUUACCAUCCGACGAGAAUGGAGGCGAAAGUACAUUCAGUUAUGAACGUGUGAAAGCAAAGUCCAACCCAGCUAGUGGGAUUGAUUACAAGCGAAGAGAGGCCUAUCUAUUUGAUGCCAAGUUUGAGAGCUUGUUGGGGAUGACAAAAGAAGCAUUUUAUUGA